AACAGUGCAUGUUCUUCACCUUUACGUUCCAGCAAUGCAUUUGUAGCUACCGUAGUAGAGAGUCUAAUAUUCGCUAGUUUCUUUGAAGGUACUUUCUGUCCUCUAGGGAUUGUCUCUCCCGUGACUAUCUCAAGGACUCUUCGUAUACCCUCUGUAGGAGCAUCACUGUAAUUACCAGGAUCCUGUGAUACUUAGGAUAAUCUAUAAGUCUACAACGAGAAUAUAAUUGAGAACCUACACAAUUUAAUGACGAGUUCCUCUUGCUUACCGUCUUUGGUGUACUUCGCCAGCAAAUCAGUGAAAGUACCGCCGCGAUCUGCGGAAACGCUAAUUGAUCUAUCUGCUAUUGACAUUUCUUAUCUAAAUGGGGGUAUGUUGUAAAGAAGUGAUAAGCGAUAUCAGUGCAUCACUUAUGAAAUAAAAAUCAACCGAUGACGUGCAUUGGAUCAGAUGUCCUUUCACCUGCUGCACCCUGACACUUUAAUGAACUCUCUAAGCGAGGUAUAAUCAGUUGUCGGAUUUCCUAUCAGCAACUUCGUUAUCAAGAAAAUUCCGUUAUCAGUUACUCUUAUCUUACGCGAUUUAUAUCAUCCACUUAGAAAUGAACGACGAGAAAGAGAAAGACAAUUCCAUAAUUGUGGAAUCAUUAAACAUUAAUGAUAAUGAAGAGGAUCUCGCAAAUGUCCUCAUAGAUCCAAAAGAAGAGGCCUCAUUGUUGAGAAAACUUGACUUAUUCAUUUGUCCAGUUUUGGGUUUCUCAUACUUUCUUUCCUUUCUAGACCGCUCCAAUAUAGGUAAUGCUGCCUCGGCUGGUAUGUCCGAGGAUCUUAACUUGCCCAGCAAUGGUAUUAACGUAGCGACGUCCGUUUUCUACGUUCUCUAUGUUCUUCUUGAAAGUCCAAUGUCAUCAUUAAUGAAGAAGAUACCAAUCAGACCUAUGAUGGCUACCAUUAUGGUAUGUUGGGGCGCAGUUGUCAUUGGUAGUGGAUUCCAGAAAAAUUUCGCUACAUUAGUAGCCCUUCGUAUAGUAUUGGGUGCAUUUGAAGCUGGUUUGUUUCCAUGUUUGGCAAUUUACAUCACACUGUUCUACAGAAGAUCCGAAAUCAGUUUCCGAACCGCAAUGCUCUUCGUUGCUGCUGCCAUUUCGUCUGCUUUUGGUGGUUUAAUUGCGUCAGGUUUACUCAAAUUGAACGCUGGCGGAUUAGUAGGAUGGCAGUGGCUUUACGUAGUUGAAGGAAUUAUUACAAUGGUAUGGGGUAUAGCUCUUUACUUCAUCAUGGCCGAGUCACCCGAGACAGCUUGGUACCUCAACGACAGGGAGAAAUACCUGAUGAAAGUACGUCAAGCGAAAGAGAAAGCAUACCUCCAUAUGGGUGACUACAAGACAGAGGUCAAAAAGUUGUUCAAGGAUCCAGCAAUUUACUUCUCAUGUUUGGCUCAACUUGGAGCUGAUACAUGUCUUUUUGGUUACAGUGUUUUCUUGGUUCUGAUCAUCAAGGGUAUGGGAUUUGAUACGACAAGAGCUAAUCUCUUGUCUGCUGCAAAUUACGGAUGGGCAGCUAUUGUCUAUGUAGCUUGCGCAAUGGUAGCAGAUAGGUACCACCAUCGUAUUCCGAUGCUUGUAGUUGCAAGUUUGAUUACUAUCACUGGAUACGCUAUUCUUUUAGGCGUAACUGAUGUCGUUGGUGCGGAGUACUUUGCAUGUUUCUUAGUUGGAACCGGUAUAUACGUAACGGUCGGUCUAAACCUGACAAUGUGGAAUUCUAACUCAAGUGGUGUUACAAAGCGUAGUACAGGUAUGGGAAUGAACCAAUCAAUUGGAAACAUAGGCGGUAUUAUUAGUGGUCAAAUAUACAACACCAACAAAGUUGGACACGCUGUUAGUCUGGCGUUUAUGGCCUUGGCUUGCUUUAUGUAUUUCGUAGAGUUCGCCUGGUGGUCAAGGCAAAAUAAAAUAAAGGCCAAUCUCACUGAGGAAGAGAAAGAUGAGAUGGACAGGCAAGGCGUUACAGGAGACGCUCAUUACGAUUUCAAGUAUGUUAUGUAAAAUUUUGUAACCCAUAUAGAAACGACUUUUUAAA